AUGCUAGGGAAACAUUUUUCCCCAGACAUCAGGAGGAAGAACAUCAACAGGAGGAUGGCCAAAACCUACAACACCCCUCAAAACGAAUUAUCGCCAUUUCCUACCAUCUUAAUUUUUACCAUUCUAGGUGUAGAAUGCAUCACGGGCAUCAUGGCAAACGGCUUCAUUGCGGCGAUCCAUGUGGCCGAGAGGAUUCAGAACAAGGCAUUUUCCACAAGUGGCCGGAUCCUAUUUUUCCUGAGUGUAUCAAGAACAGUUCUUCAGAGCUUCAUGAUGCUAGAAAUUACCUUAAGCUCACUCUCCCCACAAUUUUAUCAUGAAGAAAUUGUGUAUAGUGCAGUCAAAGUAAGUUGCAUAUUCUUAAAUUAUUGCAGCCUGUGGUUUGCCGCCUGGCUUAGCUUCUUCUACUUUGUGAAAAUUGCUGAUUUCACCCACCCUCUUUUCCUCAAACUGAAGUGGAGGAUCUCGAGGCUGAUGCCUCAGCUCCUGUGGCUCUCACUGUUCAUUUGCUUGGGCUACAGCACCCUCUUCUUCAAUGAUGUCUACGAUGUGUAUUGUAACGACUGCUUCUCCAUCCAUGCCUGCAACUCCACCAAGAAGACGUACUCCACGGAGACCAACGUGGACAUUCUGCUUCUUCUCUACAGCCUGGGGAUCUUCCUUCCUCUCUCCCUGGUCAUCCUCACAGCCAUGCUCCUGAUCCUCUCUCUCAAGAAGCACACCCUGCACAUGAGAAGCAAAGCCACUGGCUCCAGGGACCCCAGCAUGGAAGCUCACCUGGGGGCCAUCAAAGCGACCAGCUACUUCCUCGUUCUCUACAUCUUCAAUGCCAUUGCGUUAUUUCUCUAUCUGUCCAACAUCUUUAAGAGCCACAGCUUCUGGAAUAUUUUGUGCAAAAGCAUUAUGGCGGGCUACCCCGCUGGCCACUCAGUGCUACUGAUCUUGAGCAACCCGGGGCUGAGAAGAGCCUGGAAGAAGAUUCAGCACCAAUUUUAUAUUUACCUGAAACAGUAG